AUGAGAAGCAGUGAAGCAGAGAAGCAGAGAAGCAGGGAAGCAGAGUGGCAGAGAAGCAGAGAGCCAGGGAAGCAGAGAAGCAGAGAGGCAGAGAAGCAGAGAGGCAGGGAAGCAGAGAUGAAGGGAAGCAGAGAAGCAGAGAGGCAGAGAAGCAGAGAAGCAGAGAAGCAGAGGAGCAGAGAUGCAGAGAAGCAGAGAAGCAGAGAAGCAGAGAGGCAGAGAGGCAGAGAAGCAGAGAAGCAGAGAAGCAGAGAUGAAGGGAAGCAGAGAAGCAGAGAGGCAGAGAAGCAGAGAAGCAGAGAAGCAGAGGAGCAGAGAGGCAGAGAAGCAGAGAAGCGGAGAAGCAGAUAA